AUGAAGCGCAUGGCCUCUCGCAGCGCUUUGCGGAAAAUCAUCAAGAAGGAGAAGCCCCAGUUACGCCUGGCGGCGAACACCGACCUGCUGGUACAUUUGAGUUUCUUACUGUUUCUUCAUCGUCUAGCAGAAGAAGCCAGGACAAAUGCUUUUCUGAACAAAAGUAAAAUAAUUAAAACUGAUCACGUUAUAGCUGCAGCAAAGGUUACUUUAAAGAAAAGCAGAGGCUAG